AUGGCGGCAGUAUACAAGUCAGUAUCUAAAAAGCAGGCUAAGCAGCUUGCUAGAGAGCAAGAGCAGGACGACUCGGACGCAGAAAUGGCCGACAUGGCUGACCUUCUCGCCGACGCCGACGAUACAAGCGACAGCGAAGAGGAGGAGGAAGAAAAUUUGGAAUCAGCCAAGAAGCAGCUUGCUGCUGGAUAUAUGCCAAAGACUCGGGUUCUUAUGUUGACUUCCAGGGGUGUCACAUCUCGCCAUCGGCACUUGCUCGCAGACCUUACUGGUUUACUCCCUCAUACCCACAAAGAAAGCAAGCUCGAUACUAAAAAGAAGACCGCUGGAUACAACUUACUUCUGAACGACCUUGCCGACCUGCAUUCAUGCAACGUCAUUUUCUUCCUCGAGGCUCGCAAGCGUGGUCAAGAUUUGUACCUCUGGCUCUCUCGUCCCCCGAACGGACCUACACUCAAAUUCCACGUUAACAACUUACAUACUAUGAGCGAACUGAAUGCUGGAUUCAGUGGCAACUGCUUGAAGGGUGGUCGUGGUGUUGUGGUUUUUGAUCGCUCAUUCGACGAACAAGGCCCGGUCAUGAGUCAGCCAGGGAACGAGUACCGUGGACUGGUCCGGGAGAUGCUGCGGGGUGUCUUCUCCGUUCCCAAGCGUGGCAUAAAGGGAAUGAAGCCUUUUAUCGACCGUAUCAUUGGUGUAUUUGGCGUCGACGGCAAGAUCUGGAUUCGCGUGUACGAGAUCAGAGAGUCCGAAGCUGGAGGUAAGAAGAAGCCAGAAGAUGGCGAGGAAACCGUGAAGCCUGUGCCCAAGGGCAAGGAUGGUCUACCAGAGGUCUCUCUUGUCGAGAUCGGACCUCGUUUCGUUUUGACGCCAAUUGUCAUCCUGGAAGGCAGCUUCGGUGGACCUGUUAUCUACGAGAACAAGGAAUACGUGAGCCCGAACCAGGUCCGUCACGAUAUUCGGAUUAGCAAGGCAGCCCGCCACGCAAAGCGCAGAGACGUGCAAACCGACCGUUUCGCUAAGCGGGCAAACUUGGGAUUGGGAGAAGGCCAGCGCAAACCAAAUGCACUGGAUAACAGGCAGUUGUUCGCAUGA